CGAAAUAUCAGCAAUGCUUAUAUAUGAUUCUUGAAAAUGGCCGAUGAUCAAAUCACUGACGAAGCGCCGCUAUUAUGCAAUGAGUCCGUUCAGAGACACGAYGACAUAAAUAAAAAGUUUAACUCUAAAAAUGCCAAGAAAAUUGCAUUAUGCUUUGUAUUUUGGUUUAUUGUCAUCCAUUCUUGUAUUCAUUUGUUUUAUGCAAGAGAUUCCUGCAAAUGGCUUCUAUCCGACGGACGAUACAAAGGUGACAUGGGCUGGCAACCAUAUGGUUGCAUGAUGCAUGAGUAUAGUUGGAUGCAAUUAAUAAUUUUAAUAUAUAAUCUAACUGGAGCAAAUAUCAAAACAUCAAUUGCAAAUAAUGUUCAAAUAAUGAUAUCUGCAUAUCUAUUUCUUACGGGCUAUGGUCAUUUUUAUUACAUGUGGCAUAGAAGUGAUGCAGGACUUACUCGUUACUUUCAGUACUUAUAUAUAAUUUUAAAAAUAUUAGCUCUGUUUAUUUUCAUCACCAUUCUUUAUAUGUCUGAGGUAUUCUUUGAUAAAAUUUUUCUCACACGUCCAUGGAAGGCCUUAUUUGUAACUACAGACGAUGAUAUUCAUGAAUGGUGGUAUCGGUGGAAACUAAACCGCUAUAGUGUGGUUAAUGGUGUAAUACUGAGUUUUAUCAUCAUCUUAGCUCAACGUUAUAAUUUAAUUGAUGACAAUAAUCACAGUAAUUUAGUGUUGCCUCGAUUAGCUGUAUUCUCUUCAUUCAUUGCAUUUAUUGGACUUAUUGCCUCAUCUGUUUAUAAUAUUCUGUGUCAGAAUAAAACAGAAUGCUAUGAAUUAUUAUCAUAUACAUCAGUCAUUCCUAUAAUUAGUUAUAUUAUAUUACGUAAUGUUUCUGGUGUCUUAAGAACACGUUUCUCCAGUUUAUUUGCUUGGUUUGGCAGAAUUUCUUUGGAAUUAAUGGUUUGCCAGUGUCAUAUAUGGUUAGCAGCUGAUACUCAUGGAGUUCUUGUAUUAUUGCCCGGUUAUCCAGUACUCAAUGGUUUAAUUGUUUCGUUCAUUUUUAUUUGUAUCUGUCAUGAGUUACAUGAUAUUACAACCAAAUUGACACCAUAUGCUGUGCCAUCUGAUCAUAAAGAUUUAUUCCGUAACCUUAUAUGUUUCAUCUUGUUGUUAAUACCAUUAGGAGCAAACGACGGUAUGUUUUAAAUACAAUAUGUUUAUGCAUACACAAUAAGUUGUCAAUUGUGAAAGUUUUUUUAUGUCAACUAAAAACCCAAAGUAGUAUCAAUGAAACUGUAUUUGCAAAAUACUGUAAUAUUUAAAUUGUUUUAGAUUAAAGUUGUUAAUUUGUAUAUUCUAUAAAAGCAACUGUUAACUCAUAUUAUUACYAUUAGUACUAUUAAUUUCUCAGGAUCAAAUGUUUUGACAUGAACAAAUA